UUGGUAGUGGUGCUGCUGUUGUUGUUGUAUAUUUUCAAUUAUCAAUUUGAACUGACGGUUAAGAAAGGAGAAACAGUAGUACCUUCUCUGACGACAUCGUAUAGCUCACCGGAAAAUGGAGUAGAAAAUCCCCAAUCUUCUCCGAAGUCAGCUUUCCAGCGAUUGCGCCAGAAAUUAUCGCCGAGGAAGUCCGCAUCCGUGGAUCUGAAACCAUCAAUUUCAAGUUCCGAUGAUAAAAACGGUGAGGCUCCGGCGGUGGAUAAAUGGAGCGAAAAUGAGAUGGUGUUUAGGUACUUCGACGAAAACGGCGAUGGUAAAAUCUCAAAAGAAGAGCUACGGCGGUGCGUGAGGGCUUUAGGUGGCGAAAUGUCGGAGGACGAGGCGGAGAUGGUGGUGCAGUUUUCAGACUCAGACAGCGAUGGAAUGUUGGGGCCAGAGGACUUCACGAAGCUAGUGUUGGGCGGCGGCGAGGACGAGAGAAAGGACGAAUUGAAGGACGCAUUCAAAAUGUACGCAAUGGAAAAUAGUGAAUUCAUAACGCCUAAAAGCUUGAAGAAAAUGCUGAAUCGACUGGGGAAUUCAAGCUCCAUGGAUCAUUGCACAAGCAUGAUAAGCAGAUUCGACAUUGAUGGAGAUGGCGUCCUUAGCUUCGAUGAAUUCAGAGAAAUGAUGCGAUGAAUGAUUCAAAAUUUUGAAACAAACAUUUAUGCUCAAGAAUUAUCCAAUUUUUUA